AAACAAAUUCAAACAAAAAAUAUUGUGCUAUUCAAUAUGCAACAUUCCAAAAAACUAUUAAAUUAAUUAAAAAAUAGAUUCGGUUGUAAAGCAGACAUGAGUGCAUCAGCGGUGUUUUUGAAUAUUUGCCGUGUUUGUCUAAAUAGUGUAGAAAAGCAUAAAUCAUUUCCCAUUGAUGCUAUUGAAGAAAUAAGUGGAACAAGUUAUCGCCAAUUUCUGAACAGAUUGAUCCUAGAUGGAAGACAGGACACAGAGGAACAGCUCCCCCAAAGAAUAUGUCGAACAUGUCAGCGCAAGGUAGAUGACAUGCUCCAAUUUCAGUCAGAUGUCAUAAGCAAUAUGCAACUGAUGAUUGCUAUCGCUGAGGUCACUUAUCACGGAAAUUUAACAGCACUUGAAGGUCAGCUUGGGUCGCAAAACUGUCGAGAAGGUUUACUUCGUUUGAAUUUGAUCAAACUUGCAAAUUCGUCGGAGGCAGACAUCAUGGAAGACCUGCGAAGAAGUCUUCUUUCAACGCCUCAUGUAAAGGUAAAAAUCGAACCAAGUGAUGACAUUGAAUGUGAAACUUCUGAGCAAACCAAAGUACUCGAAGGAGAAGAAUACGAAACCAGUGCGGAUUUAGAGCUGAAGUUUGAAGUGGGUGAAGAUACCGAUGAGCCACCGACGAAGAAAGCCAAGUUAAACGCUAAAAAGCGACCUUGUGUAAUACAAGGCUGCGAAGCGGUAACCAUCGGUCAGAGCAGGCAGCAUGCGAGAGAAAGACAUCGAGCUUAUUGCAAAAUAUGUGGACAGGUUUUCGCAUUCUACAGUCAGGCAACGCACCAUGUGGCUGUGCACACGCCCAAGGAGCUCCGCUUGCGGUGCAACUUAUGUAGCAAGACGUUUUGCCGAGACUACGAUCUGAAGGUCCACAUGUUAGAGUUUCAUAAACAAGCCACAGCGAACUUCGAGUGUGCACUUUGCGAGCAAUCUUUUGAAACGAAAUCCGACCUUGCCAAGCAUCGAGAAAUACAUUUGAACUCGCCGUGUCAAUUUUGCGAUCGAAAAAACCCAUUCGGAAGUUACAAGAAACUACUGGAACAUUUCCGGUUGAUUCACGAAAAGCAAAUUUACAAAUGUGAACAAUGUGCGAGAUGCUUCCUCGGUCGACGAGAGUAUGAGAAUCAUAUGGAGAAACACCAAGACGGAACCUUCGAAAACUGUGUUGAAUUUGCGCUACGGUUUUGGGAAAAUGGGUCAACGUGUACCGGUUGCGAAAGGUCUUACUACAAUGAAGAGUAUUUGAUCGCUCACCGGGAGAAGGAGCAUAAGGUUUACAAGUUGCCGCCCCCGGAUAUCAAUUUAAGCGACGUCCAAUUGGAAUACAAAUUCAAAUGCAACGAAUGCGAUGCUCGAUUUCGUGUGAAAGCUACGUUGAAAAGCCACACCUUUAUACAUCAUCGCAACCAACCCACAAUUUGCGAUCACUGUGGAGCAUCUUUUAAAUCAAAAUACGAGGCCGAUAGUCAUGUUCGAUUCGUUCACACGAAAGAUUAUCGUUUCAGAUGUGAAUACUGUGGCAAAGGAUGCGCCACCAGUAGUGAUCUAACGGUUCAUCGGCGAACGCAUACUAACGAGCGCCCGUACAAAUGCUCCUAUGAGGGCUGCGAGAAGAACUACAAAACAAACGGGGCAAUGAUAAAGCAUGUCCGGUCGGUGCACACAUUGGAACGUCCCUACAAGUGCACGUUCGAAGCCUGUGAUAGAGGAUUUGUGUGUAGCCAACAGCUGAAAAACCACGUGCUGACACAUACGCAGGAGAAAAGCUUCCAGUGUUGGCAUUGUACCACACGCUUCAAUCUGAGUUACUACCGUCGUGCACACUGCCGGAAACAUCACCCUGGGCUACCGGACGGAGCAGAAGGUAAGACCAAAUGUGAAACUGUGGUGGCGGUAGAUGACACUUGUCAAUAAAUGUUCAAUUUCCUUUUGUUGUACGUA